AUGAGUCCCGCAGAAGAACACGAACUUGCACAACUCCCAGAGAUCCGCGGUGAUGCAGUGGAGAUCAACGUGGGAGAACAAGAGGCUGCUCACUCAGCCACCCAGUCCUUGUCACCAUGUGAUGGCGGAAUAGCUGCAUGGAGACUGCUCAUAGCAGCUUUCAUCUUCGAAGCCUUGCUCUGGGAUGCGUACUUUAUGAUACGAUGCUUCCCCCUCUCCUUCGGCGUCUUCCAAAACUACUACUCCCAACUGCCACAGUUCAAAGAUGAUAGAUACCUCUCCGUCAUCGGCACGACAGCAUCUGGCAUGGCUUACAUGUCCGCGCCCAUCAUGAUCCCCUUCAUCAAACGGUAUGCCAAAUACCGUCGACCAAUGAUCUACAUCGGAUGGCCAAUCUGCAUCCUCGGCCUCGUCGCCGCCUCCUUCGCCAACACCGUCCCAGCCCUAAUCCUGACGCAAGGAAUUAUGUACGGCGCAGGCUUCAUCACCUUCUACUACAGCAUCCUAAGCAUGGUAAACGAGUACUGGAUUGCGCGCCGCGGAAUGGCGUACGGCUUCCUGUGCAGCGCCUCCGGCGCCUCGGGAGCAGCAAUGCCAUUCAUCGUUUCCACGCUGCUGCACAAAUACGGCUACCGCACGACGCUCCGCUGCAUCGCCGUGGGCCUCACCCUCUCCACCGGCCCCUUCAUCCCCAUCCUCAAAGGCCGGCUCCCGGAAUCCGCAACCAGUACUCCAACGCCCACAGACUGGUCGUUUCUGCGCACCCCGCUCUUCUGGAUCUACAGCCUCUCUAAUCUAGCAAUGGGCUUCGGGUACUUCUUCCCGCCCCUCUACCUCCCCUCCUACGCCACGGCCACAGGCCUCUCUCCGACCAAAGGCGCACUCCUCCUAGCCCUCAUGAGCAUCUCUCAAGUCCUAGGGCAGUUUAGUUUCGGCUACCUCUCUGACAAACGCAUCUCCAUCAACCUGCUCUCCGCAACAGCCACUCUCGUCGCCGGCAUCGCGGCUUAUACCACCUGGGGCCUGGCCAGCACGUUCAGCCUGCUCGUCGUGUUCGCUCUCAUUUACGGCUUCUUCGGGGCGGGGUACACGGCCAUGUGGGCGAGGAUGGGCACCGCGGUGAGCAGCGAGCCGACAGCGGCGUUUGCAGCUUUUGGUCUGCUGAAUUUCGGGAAGGGGAUUGGGAAUGUGCUUGCGGGGCCGAUUGGAGGUGCGUUGCUGACGAGUGGGGUGGAUGUGGAGGAUUACGGGGUGAUGAAGUAUCAAAAAGUGAUUUUAUUCACCGGAUCGUGUAUGCUGUUCAGCGCGGCGGUGAUUCCAGCGCAGUAUUUGAAGAGGGCGAGGUUGCAGUUGGGGGUGAGGCGGUGA